AUGGACCAAGUUGUCAUCUCUGAGGAUGGCGAGACUGCUACGAUUGGAGGCGGAGCUAGUGUGAAGGAGGUUGUCAGUACUCUGUGGGCAGCAGGCAAGCAAACAGUGACAGGAAUCUGCGAGUGCGUUGGCAUUUCUGCCCCAGUUCUAGGAGGCGGUCACGGGUGGCUUCAGGGCCAGUAUGGCCUGGCUUCGGACCAAGUCAUCUCGGCCAAAGUUGUUCUUCCCGAUGGAAAGCUCGUCAGCACGUCCAAUAAUGAGAAUCCCGAUCUCUUUUGGGCUCUGAGGGGAGCCGGCCACAACUUUGGCAUCGUCACUGAAUGGCAGUACCGAGUCCACGAUAUCAAAAACAUCAAGUGGUCUUAUCAGAUAUUUAUCUAUCUCGGGGACAAACUUGAGGAGAUUCUCGAUCUGACCAACGAUAUGAUGAAGACUCAGCCACCAGAAGUUACGCAUUGGAUGUAUUUUGUAAACAUCCCUGACAUCGACCCCAAUCGACCCAUAAUCUGGUACGCCAUCAUAUCGGACGACAACUUCGAAAAGUCUACAGAGUAUGCGAAGCCUCUCUAUGACAUUGAUCAUAUAAAUGUCGAAGCUGGUGUGGCACCUAUGCCAGACUUGGCUGGCUUGACCUUCAUGAGCAGUGAUAGUGUCGGAUGCGCCAAAGGCUACACGGGUCUGCGAUACCCUAUCGGUCUGAAGACCUAUGAUUUACCUGCCGUCCGGAAAGUGUUUGAUGACAUCGCCGACAUGUCGAACCGCAACCCGGAAUUUGCCGGGUCCUUCUUCCUCCUUGAAGGAUAUUCGACUCACGGCGUGAAAGCCGUCGAUGAGAAGAGCUCAGCCUUCCCGCAUCGAGAUGACGAUAUUCUGAUUACGUCGUACAUCAUGUACAAGCCGAACGCGUCUCUUGAUGCACUUGCUCAAGAAUAUGGAGAGAAGCUAAGAGGGCAUCUAUUAGCGGCAAGUCAUGAGCCUGACCGCUUGACAGCAUAUGUGAAUUAUGCUCAUGGAAUUGAGUCGCUCGAGGCUAUCUAUGGAUGGGACGAAUGGAGGCUGGAGAAGUUGAGAGGGCUGAAGAAGAAAUGGGAUCCUCAGAACCGGAUGAGGUUCUACAAUCCUAUUGUCUAA